AUGUCUGAUCCGUUCAAUAACAAGUACAAUGCAUUGGACCAAGAUGGUGAUGACAGCAGUUACGACUUUAUUAUUCGACCAAAAGAGGUAAGACAGUCUCCCAGAAGAUCUAAGCAUGACCCAUUUGAUGAUGAAGAGCAAGAAGUAGACGUUGCUGGUAAAUUUGAUAGGGAAUUUUCUUCUCCAUCUCCUUCUAAGGCUGCUAUGAAAUAUUCACCCAUGGUCUCUUUUGGAAAAAGAAGAGAUCUUGGUCCAGGAUCUCCUGACAGAGAAACUCCCAGAGCUAGAUUCACAGCUAGGGAAUCACCAACCAGAGCUCAGCAUGUUCCAAUUGUGCCUUUGCAAACAGAAAAAGAUGAAUAUGAUGAUCAGUCAUUGAACUCUUUUGCAAGCGAAGCAGAUAAAGAGUCUAUUGGCAGUCCUAGUCGAUUCAAAAGAUCGCCUACUCGGGUUUCCUUGGGAAGAUCAAUCACGAGCUCCAAGAGUCAGAGAAUGUUGUCACCACCUAAGCCAAUUUUCUCUGCAUCUACCUUUGCAGCUGCCAACUCAGAUCAGUCUGAAUACUCCGAGGCUCAUCAUAUCGGCAAGGUACCCGAUUUGCAACCACGAUCAUCUUACGACUCCAAUGAAACUGCAGUUGAUGAAAUGGACCUUUCAGAAAAAUAUUUGGAAAAGGAAGCACAGGAUCUCAAAAGAGACACGGAAUCAACCCUUUAUGGUGAUAAUCAGUCCAUGUAUAAUGAACAGUAUCCAGUUGAUGUUGAUGAUCUUGAAGAGUGGAGCAAUUUUGGAUCAAAUCUUGAUGGCCAAGUUUUUGCUACUUUACCCGCAAACUACCAACCUAGAAGAAAAAAUCAUCUGGCCACACAGGUCAAAUAUGCCUCAAAGAAUGGAAACUUAAUUCUCAAUAACCCAAUACCCGACAAGCUACUUCAGUUUCAACCCUUGAAGGAGGAAGAAGAGUUCCAAUUUAUGAGAUACUCCGCAGUCACUGCUGAUGCUGACAACUUUAUCAACGAAGGUUUCUCCCUGAGAGCGUCAUCUGAAUACGGUCGUGAAACAGAGUUGGUCAUUUGCAUUACAAUGUAUAACGAAAACGAAGAUGCUUUCACUAGAACGAUGCAUGCCGUCAUGAAAAAUAUUGCAUAUCUUUGUAAGAGAAAUAACUCCAAAAAAUGGGGUCACGACAGCUGGAAGAAAGUUGUGGUCGUUGUCAUUGCAGAUGGACGCCAGAAAAUGAAUGUUGGAGCUCUCAAUGUCUUAGCAGGUAUUGGUGUUUAUCAACAGGGAAUUGCAAAGUCCUUAGUUAAUAAUAAGCCUGUCCAGGCCCAUUUGUUUGAGUAUACCACACAAGUUUCUAUCAAUGAGGAUCUAAAAUUCACCGGUUGUGAAAAGGGCGUAGUUCCAGUUCAGGUCGUUCUCUGUUUGAAAGAAAAUAACACCAAGAAAAUCAACUCUCAUCGUUGGUUGUUUAACGCAAUGUGUCAAUCUUUGAGACCAAACGUUUGUGUAUUGCUGGAUGUUGGAACAAGACCCGACACCAAAACAAUCUACAAUCUAUGGAAGGCUUUUGACCAAGAUUCCAAUGUUGCAGGUGCUGCAGGUGAAAUUGUCAGUAUGAAAGGUAAAUACUGGAGCAAACUGCUCAACCCGUUGGUGGCCUCUCAGAACUUUGAAUACAAAAUGUCAAACAUCUUAGAUAAACCAUUUGAAUCUGUGUUUGGCUACAUUAGUGUUCUUCCGGGAGCACUUUCGGCCUACAGAUAUUCGGCUUUACAAAAUCAUGAAGACGGUACAGGCCCACUUAAUUCCUAUUUCAAAGGUGAGACCAAUGAGAAAGACAAGAAAGGCAAUGUUCUAACAAAUGUUUUCAAUGCAAACAUGUACCUGGCCGAGGACAGAAUCCUCUGCUGGGAACUUGUGGCCAAAAGAGAUGAGAAAUGGGUGCUUAAAUACGUUAGCUCUGCCACAGGUGAAACAGAUGUGCCAGAAGCCUUACCAGAGUUUAUUUCACAACGAAGAAGAUGGCUUAAUGGUGCAUUUUUUGCUGCGUUGUACGCUCAGACACAUUUUAGGGCAAUUUGGAACACAGAUCAUUCGUUAAGCCGUAAACUCUUCUUCCACUUGGAGUUUUUCUAUCAGUUUAUUCAGCUGUUUUUUAGUAUGUUCUCCCUGGCCAACUUUUAUAUUGCUUUUUAUUACCUUGUGGGAUCACUAGCAUCCAACAAGUCAAUUCCAGGCAGAGGGGGAUUCUGGAUCUUUCAGGUACUCAAUUACAUUUGCUUGUGUAAUUUGACGGCAAUUUUCAUGAUAUCGAUGGGUAACAGACCACAGGGGGCUCCUCAUCUCUACAUGAUAUCAUUGUUGAUUUUAGUAGUUUGUGGAGUUGUGGCGUUGAUUUGUGGAUUUGUUUACCUUGUGGAUACCAUCAACCAGAAAAGCAUGGGAAAUUUAGAUUCCUCGGACGGUACAUUUGUCAGUAUUGUGAUCAGUUUGGCAUCAACUUAUGGACUAUACACGGUAAUGUCUCUUCUAUACUUGGAACCAUGGCAUAUAUUGACAUCAGCUUUACAGUACUUCAUCAUGCUUCCAGCAUACACUUGCAUGCUUCAAAUAUAUGCUUUCUGUAACACACACGAUGUUACUUGGGGAACAAAGGGAGAUAACAACUUGGAGCUAGAUCUUGGAACAGCUGUCAUGAAAGUCGACGAUGACGGCCAGGAGUUCUUCGAGUUUGAAGUUGUAUCUGACAUCAACAAUUCCUACGACGAAGUCUUGUUCAAAUUGAAAUCUCGUAGGCAAAUUCCUAAAAAGGCCAGAUACGAAGAAACUGUGUCCAAACCAUCUGAUAAAGAUUAUUACAGAGAUGUUAGAACCAGAGUGGUCUUGUUCUGGCUAAUAGCUAAUUUGGUGCUAGUCAUGACUGUGACGCAAAUUUACGAACCAGGAUCAUUUCACAAGAACAACUACUUGGCCUUCAUACUUUGGUCUGUGUUUGCCCUGGCGGUAUUCAGAGGGAUAGGUAGUAUUUGUUACUUGGCGCAUAAAUGGCUCCGCGUUAUCGUCCAAGCAAAAAACAGGUGGAGCUAUAAGCGAUUCGAACAAAAAUAUCAAUCUCCUGGCUCUGAGCCCAUUUAA